AUGUGGUGUUCCAGUGUUCCAGACCAAAAGGAGUCCAAGGACCGAGACGAGGAUGAAAGAAUUGGAUGUGAGGAACAAGGAAGCGAGGCAGCAAGUGGCGGAGUGGUGGAGGAGGCGGGCAGGGCUGCAGGAGGGGCUGGGGACCUGACUCAGUAUGUUCAGUGCAAACAUAAGCAUGCUCUGGAGAGGGAUUACUGGGCUGACAAGAAUGGGCCUCCCAUCCUGGACGCGUCCCAAGACUGGAAGCUACUGACGGGGCGCCAGAACGACACCCACACCAUGGUCCGCGUGCGCCGCCCCAUCAAGCCCUACACCAUAGACGACAUCAACGUGGUGGAUGAACCCACGUGGAUACUAUGGGCCUGGCACCCGCACGACCCCGGCGAAGACCUGCAGAAGGCUUACCACAAAGGCAACCGAGGGAAGCGCAAGCUGUGUCUCUUAAGAACCAAAUGCUGGCCGCCUCCUCCUGUCAACGCCGUCGUUUCCACCACCACCACCACCACCUCCGCCACCCACUUUCACCUCCUCCUGCUCCUUCCCGCGCUUCUGCCUCGUUUCUUAUGAGCUCAGCCACGCCGCUACUGCUGUAUCUAGGAAUUUAUCUUUUUUUCUCUAUAUUUUUUUCUUUUUUUUUUGCUCUGGGGAUGCAUUCACUGUACCUUGGGACCUUAGUAUGAAGGGCACGGGCCACGCGCAGCGGUGAAGAAGUGUUCAAACCGGAGAGACGCAUCGGGGAAGACGUCUGGAGCUGAGAGUUGUAAUGGGGAGAUCUUACGUGAAAACUGAGAGAGAGAGAGAGAGAGAGAGAGAGAGAGAGAGAGAGAGAGAGAGAGAGAGACAGACAGGCGCACAGACGAACAAACAGAUAGGUAGACAAACAGACUUACGAACAGACGAUCAGACAGACAGACACGGACAGGCAAAAAAGCAGAACAGACAGACAGACAGACAGACAAACAGACAGACAGAUAGACAGGCAGACAGAUAGAUAGAGCUGGACAGAUAGGCAGACUGAUACGAGAGAACGGGCCUUACUGGGCACCACCCGGAGCGGGGAAGGACCCAUUGCUUGUCACAUAUACCUCACACGCCAGCCGCCGCACCCUCCCGCCCGACGACUCACGCCGGGGUGAGGCUCGCCGGGUGUGACGUCACCUUCUCUUCACUCACUCACCGCUGCUGCCUCCUUCCUCUAUCGCGCCAGCCAAACACGUCACACUGAGGGAGCCGACUCUCGCCGCUGCCGAUCUAUUACAAGAGGAGACAUGACCGACCUGAGACUGGCAGGGAGUGCCGCAUGAGUUAGCAGCCAUGUGGGGGGGGGAAGGGGCUUGUUCCGCCGUGCCCGUGCCUUACAGGCGCGUGAAUGGAGUGACGUCACACCCGGGUCCUGGCGAGCGUCCGUCGGUCAACAUGAACAGGGAUUACAUCUCGUCUAGAGUGACCUUGAUGCCGCGCGGGGGAGCCUCUCAGGCCUCAAGCAAUCCUUCGCUAUGCACUACCCCAAAUGUGUUUGGAGGCUGUAAUAACCCCCCAAUUUCCCAUAUCUAUCUAUCUAUCUAUCUAUCUAUCUAUCUAUCUAUCUAUAUAUAUAUAUAUAUAUAUAUAUAUAUAUAUAUAUAUAUAUAUAUAUAUAUAUAUAUAUAUAUAUAUAUAUAUAUAUAUAUAUAUAUAUAUAUAUAUAUAUAUAUAUAUAUAUAUAUAUUGUAAGUAUGCAAUUUGCUUAUCUAAUUGAAGAAGAGGAAAUUUAUUAUUCUCUAAAACAGAUGCUCCAUUCUCCCUCUGGUCUGCUCUCCCUGAGGAACACGCCCCCGCCCCCGCAGGCACCAGGGUCCACACAGCAGGCCGCCUCUCCUCGACCCUGACACCCCUGCUCUCCCUUCGCUCCCUCACCUGCGCAACUCACAGGACACCGCGGACUCCCCCAACCCCGCCCUCACCAGAGGGGUCUUAGCACUGGAGGCACGGGAGGGAGGCGACCCUGCAGCCCUGGCCUGCAGCCACACGUUGCCGAAGGUGGCCUCAGGGUGCAGGAUGGAAAGUACUUCUGCUGAUUCAAAUCGGUGUAAUAACGACCGCCUCUGAACGCCCACCACUAACCCGCACCUUUCCGUCGACUGUCUCCCGCUCGUGCUUGGCCACCAAGUCUGCCGCUCACCAGGAUGUGUACCGUUACGCUGUAUUACUUCGUGCAUUCCUUCUUCAUCUCCUUGUCGCGGCUCGCACGCCAGCAGGUGUGUCUUCCCGCUCACAGAUCCUCACUUCUUGGACGGGAGGAUUUCCUCUUGGUUCACGAGUCUGCGUGAAGAGCGCGACGUAGUGAAAUAUUAUGUGGCAAUUCCUUAGUCGUUUCCUCUCAUUAUAUAUUUAUCUACGUAGCUCUUAAGUUUAUUCUACAUUUCUCUCAAAUCAA